AUGUCCAACUACGGCCUGCCUGGCGGCAGCGGCCAGGGCGACGGAGAUGCAAAUCCCAACUUUGAGUCCCUUCUCGCCCAGCUUCGCCUGCAAUCGUCACCCAGCCCUGGCCCCGGCGCAAAUUCCGGCCCUGACCUCGGCCAGUUCGGCUACAACCACAAUGGCCAGCCUUUCUAUGGCCACCACUCCAACGCCGACUCUCCCAACAUGAGCAGCCACAUGCAGAACACGUUGGAUUCCCCCGCCUUCCUCCCUGAGGCUCCCACACCACCUGUCGGUUUCUCACAUAGCCAAUUUCCUCCCGGCAUGAUGAACCCGAUUGGCGCUGGCCGCAGCGGCGCAUCUGGACCGGGUGAUGGCCGGACUGCCCAUCUGCUGAACCUGCUCAAGUACAGCGGGCAAAACCCCCCUGCCAACUCUCACCAGUUAUCAUCGCGAGAACCCCCAAUGAACUUCGCGCCAGCACCCAUCGCUCCGCCCGUCAUUCACGCCCCUGCCCCCGCAGCUGCUGACCCUACUGGCUUGCUCGCUGCCCUUAUGAAGGGCACGCUGGCCGAGCCAGCCCAGCCAGAGGCGAGCUCGAUAUCUUCUUGGAACCAGGCUUCACCUCCAUCGGGCACCCAGCAAUAUUUGCUGAACCUGCUCAAUAGGCCAAAACCAAGCCAGCACGAGCCGGCGGAUCCGUCCGAGUCCAACGUACUUACUCCGCCUCCCGUCGGGGAGGAUUCGAAGGAUGCCGGCAGCUCACAUGGGGGCCGGUCGGCCGAGCCUACCUUGGUAGGCACCCUGGCCUCGCGAUCCGAGUUCGACUUUGAGCCCAAAGACCUCGAGUCUCCUCCGCCAAAGUUUGACUCGGCGCCACAUUCCCAGCACUCGCAUUCGGGCGUGAAGCAGGGUGUUUUUGCUGGCUACCCUAACACCUUCGACGAGCUCUCGGGUUCGUCUCCUGUUUAUCGGACACCAAAGUCUUCCACUACCCCGGGCGCUUCCAGCUCCAUACUACCUGCCAGCCAUGCCCCGGCGGGCCCGGUCCAGAUCCUCAAGAAGCCAGAACCUGCGCAAUCCAGUCCCGAGCAUACGAAGGUCAAGCCUGACCAUCAUAUUUCCCCAGUCUCCACAGCCAAUGUCGUCAUCCUUCCUCGCAGUGGCGUUUCUCCUUCGUCGCCUGCUCUUAAAACCGAGCCGGAAGAAGCCCCGGGAGCCCCCGAAGCCGAGGCUGAUGAUGCUGAAGUCAAGAAGCAGAGUGUUGCGGAUGCUAUCAACGGACUCGCGGAGCAGGCUAGCCGGGAAGCCACGGAGGCUUUGGCCCGUGCCGAGCAAGAGGAAGUGCAUGGCGAACUUGACCAAGAACCAGAGGAGCAUGCCUCGGGUGUCAGAGCGCAGGAGGAGCCGGCAGAACUGGCAGAGCCGGCUCAGACCGCGGGCGAAGCUGCCAAUACUCUCGACACUGGUGAUAACGCGCGAGUUCCUCCGUCCGCCGCGGCCGCCGAAUCCAAGGACAGCGGAGACGAGGGGGCCCAAUCUGUCCAGGGCCCCGUGGCCGACAGUUGGGAGAGCGCAGAGGCCGACGAGAUAGUUGUCAUCGAGGAAACGGCAGCCCCUGUCAAGGUGUAUAAUUUCCCCAUGAAGCCCUGGAUCACCAUCAGUCUUCAAGAGACGGACGAAGCCCGUCCCGUAUUCCGUGAGGAGGCUAUCCUAGACAUCGCUCGCCUGAAAAAGGACUUUGACCAGGUCGACCGGAACCUUGUCUCGGCUUCCGAGACAUACAUGGCUUAUGGUAUGUCCAAGGCGGGCGGUUUGCGGGUCAUUAGGCAGGAAGAUGGCAAAGAUGCCAAACUGUUCACCGACACCAAGGACCGCAUCUUCAACGUGGCCAUCUCGUCGUCGCCUACUCACCAUCACCCUAAGGAAGCCAUCAUUGGCACCGGAGUCAGCGGCACCGUCUACUGGGUUCAGCUCAAGAACGGCGAUCGCGACCACCUGGAGGAUGCGCACCCCGAACAAUAUGGCUUCGCCCUGCCGCCCAUUUCCGCACAGGAGGGCGGUGAUGCUCCCGGCGGGGUUCUCAAGACGAGGGCCCGCCCAUCUUCGAUGCAUCCCGAGUUCUUCGCCGUCGGCAGGGGCAAGUCCAUCAACAUUGUCUGGCCCUCGUUCAUCUUUGAGAAUGAUCUCUUCAAGAACGCAAAUGACCGGGUUGUCGACACGGAACGGCUUUUGAAACAGUGCUCACUCAAAAUCAACACGGGCAAGGCUGGCAAGGACUUCACCUUUAGCCAGGAUGACACUCUUGUUGUUACCCUGGACAAAUCUGGGCGAGUCAAGUUCUGGGACGUCCGGGAUCUGACGGCGGUCAAGGAGGGGUCGGAGUCUUCAAACCCCAUGCCCGCUCAAACCUCGCUCGAGAUCAAAGAGCCGCUGAUGACGCUAACCACAACGCCCGAGGGUGAGAAGGCGUGGCCCACGUCUGUGAUGCUGCUGGAUAAGUUCCGGCCGUACCAAAAGCGUGCCGCGCUGAGGUACAUGAUUGUGGGCAUGAAACAGAAUCACACUCUCCAGCUCUGGGAUCUUGCGUUGGGCAAGCCGGUCCAGGAGUUCAACUUCCCACACAACAGGGAAUCCGACGCUGUCUGCAGUGUUAUGUACCAUGCCCCAUCCAGCAUGAUUGUCGUUGGGCAUCCGACGCGCAACUCGAUCUACUUCCUUCACCUCUCGGCGCCCAAGUACACCCUCAAGAAUAUAUCUCAGGUGGACUAUAUUCAGCGUCUCGUCGCGCAGGACUCAUCCAUUCCCCAGCCUGAAUCGACUGCCGUUAUUAGCGGCAUUCGCGAAUACUCUUUCGCGAAUAAAGGGGUGCUUCGCAGUCUCAACAUCCUCGAGAACCCCGCCGCUUCGGGCGACGGUGACGAGCCCACACUGUUCGAGCUGUACGCCAUGCAUUCCAAGGGCGUGACCUGCUUGUUCGUCAAGCAAGCCGAGCUGGGUUGGACAAAGGACAACAAAGUCAUUGCUCCUGCCGAUGCCGUAGAGGUCGGGCUCGCCAAGAUAUCGAAGCUUGUCGCUCCGCCACCGCUCCAACCUGCUGAGGCGCAACACUCCAACGUCCAGAGCGAUGCGAAUGCAGCUCCUCAGAUUCGUAUCGCCGUGCGGGGCGGCAAGGACGCCAUGCAGAAGACCACGUCGUCUCAGGGCGAGGACAGAAAGGCCCUAGAGUCAACGACGCCGCCCAAGGCUGAACACAAGGACGAGAACGAGGCGCCGAUUCCGGCGCCCGAGAAGAACGAGAAAAAGGGCCGCAAGAAAAAGGCGGCAGCUGCGGCCGCCGCCGCUGCUGCUGCUGCUGCCAACUCAGACCAUGUGGGCUCAAACGGCGUGGCUGCAUCGCAGAACAAGGCCAACAAGUUUGCUUCUCGCAACAACGAAGCCGCCGACCACGCCGCAGGUAGAAUUUUCGCUGACGUCCCGCUGGCGCCAAAUUCGGUUUCUCAAGAGCACCUCGACGCUGUCGUCACCAAAAUGGAGUCGCGCAUCGUUGCCAAUAUUUCGAGUCGCUUUGACGCUGUCUUCAAUGAGAUUGUGAAGCAAAUGCAAACCUUCCAGGAGAGCCGCGAUUCCGCCUUUGCAAGCAACCAGUCGACCUUGCUGCAGAUGGUGGCAGACGUACUCAACGACAAUACCGAGGCUGUUUUGAAGAAUCUGAUCAUAACGCAAAUUAACAAUCAUGUCAUUCCGUCGGUUCGCAGCACCAUCGACAAAUCAGUCUCCGAUCAGCUGAGCGCGAAAGCAAAUGCACAAGUGACUGCGGUCCAGAAAGAAGUACAGAGGCUCUUGCCCAGCGCCGUCAGCCAGGCCAUGCAGAAGCCUGACAUCAUCAAGACCAUCGUGGACAAAGUCUGCAACAACGUCAACGCCCACAUAGAGGCCCAAAUUGCCGCCUCUUUCAAUGCUGUUGCGCCCGCGCUGGCCAAGACCGCAGCCCAAAGCAUGCACCAGCGCAUUUUGGAUGACGUUAACGGCCGUGUCAGCGAGACAUUUGAAAGGCUGAAGGAGCACCGUAGGGAAGAAGAUGCCAAACUUGACCGGCUCAUCGCCCAGACACAGGAUCUUUCUAGUGCCAUCUCGUCCUUGGCAGCUUCGCAGACUCAGCUCCAGAAAGAUCUUGCUGCUCUGAAACAGCAGAUGAGCGAGCAGGCCCGCGAGCGAGCAUCUCUCAGUGAGUGCCAUGUGCAUGGGCAUGCUCAUUCUCGCGGUAGCGUUGGUUCCCACGGUAUGCCGGCUCCAGCUCCCCGGGAGUUGGUCAACUAUCCUCCUCAGCACCAGCACCAGUCUCCGACCUCGCAUCCAGCUCCGGCGCAACCUUCAUACCCACAGCAGCAUCAGCAUCAGCAUCAGUUUGGUAAUCAGGAGCAACAGGGAGGGUUUGUGGCGACCAGCCGCGAAGACCGUCAAAAGCUGGAGCUCAACAGCCUCAUGGAGACAAUUGAUGGCUUGAUGCGAAGCGGUAACUACGACGACGCUAUGCUGCGCUGGCUGCAGGCAGGUGACAGGACCGAGGAAAUCUUCCAGCAGGUGCUUUCCAACUACAAUCCGAUCUUUGUGCACGAGUUGCAACCUCUGCUCCUGCUCUCUGUUGGCGCCACCGUUUCGGUUGACUUGAAUCGCAACACGCCGAAACUGGUUAAGAAGGUGAACCUUCUGGAGGUUGUGAUUUAUGCUUUCAACCAGAGUCUGGCAUCUUUGGACGAUCAAGUACGCGAGGUCACGCCCAAGAUCAUGACGCUCCUGAAGACGCGGACCGAGCAGCUCUUGCUGGACAUCAGCCGUGUCGCGCCUCAUGAUCCCUCGUUGAAGACACUGUCCGGCAUGAGCCAGCUUGCCGGGCGUAUCGCCGAGAGUGUUCAGAUGCGCCAUGGACCCAUGCAUGCCGGCAGUCACCUGGGCGGUCCAUACUAA